CGCAACUCUCCGAAUAUCAACACUUCAAUUGCUAUCCACCAUACAAUAAAAUUCUGGCGGAGUUUGAGUUUGGAGAAUAUCCUACUCAUCUUUGUGAAGUCACCUCCCCGACGCGAUCCACCAAAGCUCUGCACAAACAAAACAUCUUCAUGACUGUCUAACACAGAAGAACAUCCGCGUCCAAUACUCACUACUCAGUAGAAGAGGAUUAAAUUUCAACAUGGCAAUUGCAGAAAUUGCCGACGAGUUUUUCACCUUUGAGAGCCGAAUUACGUCCUUCCAAACGGCACAGCAGUUGUCGAAACGUAGGGCAUCAAACGCGAGCUCAAAGGCACCCAAGUCCUUGAAAUGGUCUCACAGGUUCCUCUCCGCGGAAGAUCUUGCAAAAGCCGGUUUCUUCUACUACCCAACACAGGGCAACCCGGACAACGUCGCCUGCUUUCUCUGCCAUAAAGCGCUGGAUGGGUGGGAGGAAGAUGAUGAUCCGCUGGUAGAGCAUUUGAAACAUUCUCCGAGUUGCGGCUGGGCUAUUGUUGCGACAAUUGAGAAGCAGGAUGGGGAUUUGAGCCAAGAAUAUCCUGCGAGCAUCAGGAUGAUUGAUGCCCGAAAGGCUACAUUUGCAGACAAAUGGCCACACGAAACCAAAAAGGGCUGGAAAUGCAAGAUUAAACAAAUGGUCGACUCGGGAUGGAAGUACACGCCAACAAUGGAAUCUGAUGAUAUGGCUACCUGCACGUAUUGUUCUUUAGCUUUGGAUGGCUGGGAGCCGUCUGAUAAGCCUAUGGAGGAGCAUUUUAAUCGAUCGCCCGAGUGUCCAUUCUUCACCCUCGUCAACAAUAAUAAACCAAGCCCAGUUGUCAAAAGAACAAAAUCAAAGCGAGACAGGACAUCGAAAGCUUCCAGGCUGUCAACACAAUCGGCGUUUACUGUUGCAUCAGAAGCCCCAUCAGUUACAGACGGUCCAGCGGAAGACGAAGACAGCAUUCUCACAACUGCCACUAACGCAACUGCAACCAAGAAGAUGGGCAAGGCAAAGAAAGCACCUGCUACAAAGGGGAGAAAGACACGCGCGAAGAAGGGCGAGCCCGUUGAGGUUGCACCAGAACCGGAGGAUGCUGACUUUGAGGUCAAGGUUGAUCCCGAGCCAAAGCCAACUCGAGGAAGGAAACGAAAGAGCGAGGACCACGAUAUCACUGUGCCAGCCAUUGAGAUGGGGCCGCCGCCACCGAAACGAAGAGCCACACGGACUCGGGGCAGCAUGGCCGUGGACGAAUCAAUCAAUGAGCCCGUUGAUGAUAUCCAGCCAGAAGUCCCGAAACCUGCUGGCAGAAAGGGCCGAACAUCCAUAAGAUCUACUCGGAAAACUUCAGCAGCUUCAGUGGCAUCAUUACGAACCCCUUUUAUGGAUGACGAGGAAAUCGACAAGGCACUGGAAGCAGACCUUGAAAGACGUCUGAGUGACGACGAGAUGGAAACAGCUACAAGUGGUCCGGCAAAGAACUCAUCUCGAUCAAGCAAAGUCGCAAAGGCGGAUCACACUAUGUUCGGUAUGAACUCCGUUGAAGUCGACGAUGCUGCGAUUGAAGCAGAGUUGGAAGCAAUGGAUGUUGAAUCGAAGCCAUUGCCAAAAGCAAAGGGGGCGAAAGGGAAGCAAGCUCGAAAGCCUUCUGCAAAGCAACAAGCUGCAGCAAAGAAAGCAGCUGAGGCCGAAGCUGAGGCUCAGGCCCAGCAAGCCGCUGAAGAAGAUGAGGCCUCUCAGCAGAUCGCGAUGGAACUGGGACACAGCAUUUCCAUGCAGCAAUCAUCUCCGAUAAUUCAACAGAAAAAACAGAGAGCUCCCUCAAAACAGCCCACGAGACCGAUGCCAAACAGAGCGACAAGGGGGUCUGUUCUAAAUGACAACGUCUCAGUCAUAGGAGACUACCAGGAGUCAAAUGAUUCCCCAAAGGAUGAUUCUGGCCACGAAACAGACGCAAGCGUUGCCAGUCAGUCAACUGUAGUUAAAGGCGGACCUUCUCGACGAGGCAGUACCUUGAAGAAGGGACGAGGUGGCAAGAAGGCAGGAACGAGAAACAUUGAAGAGAUCGUCCACAAGUCUCAGGCACCAAUCCCUAGCAUUGAAGUUCCUGAGAGCAUUCCUUCGGCCAAAGGCAAGAAAGUCAUUCAUGUUGAAGAAAUGAGCAUGACAAAUGAGGUCUUUUACACCCCGCUAGGAGAAGCGCCAAAUCCAGCAAGAGUGGAACCCCUGCCCAAGGCUAUCAAGUCGAAAACUGCGAAAUCUAGAGGCCGACCACCAAAGGCAACUCCUGAGGCUUCUUCCCAGCCAACUGCUACAGUGGAGGAAUCCACCGCGGUAGAGAAAGCUCCUGCUCAAACUAAAGCAGCCCCAAUGGAAACCAAGCCAGCUCCAGUGGUGCGAUCGCCAACACCAGCUCCAAUGGAGGCAACCCCGUCCCAGUCGCCUCAGUCCUCAGACGCAGAAAACCACCCGCCUUCCUCCAAACCUUCGGCGGCAACGAAGAAGACGGCAACUCCACAUUCAACUGCAAAGCGGAUCCCAUUAGCUCCUACUACGCCAUCCCUUUCACCAUCAAAACGCAAUGUCAUUGCUGGCCUUCAAACUCUUCACCCAUGGACAGCGGUUGAUUUGGAAGCGAUCUUCAUGAAAUCACCUGGUGGUGAGAAUGUCAUUGGUAAUGGAGCAGAUUUGUUAGGUGGUGCGAUAGACAAGAUCAGAAAUGGGGACUUGACAAGUCCAGAAAAGAGGAUGACUGUUGAGGAGUGGAUACAUCAUAACGCUCAAAUGGCGGAAGAGAAGCUGAAGAAUGAUUGUGAGAGGAUGGUGGGUAAGUUUGAGAGUGAGGGGACGAGAGCUAUGCGUGCGUUGGAAGGUGUUGAGUGUGUUGAGUAGAUUCGGUAUGUGUUAAUGAUUUGGUGGGGUUGGCAUCACGAACAUACCGGCGUUGGGAGUGCAGAUUUGAAUGAAUUUUCGUAUUGUCCUGAUUUACUCCUGAACAAGGCUGCAUCCUUUUGCAUGUGACUGCAUG